AUGUACAAUCUGUCGUCGUUGAAGGCCUUCCACGUGGAAGGGAACCAGCUCCAUGACAGCAUUCCCGCCAACGUCGGCAGCAAGUUCCCCGCCAUGGAAGACUUCAGCCUUGCCAACAACAGGUUCACCAGACGCAUCCCUUCUUCCCUCUCAAAUCUCACCACUCUCACAAGCCUACAGCUCUCGAUCAACGAAUUCACUGGACUCGUGCCUCGCGAUAUCGGGAGGCUGGAGCAUCUUCAGAUCCUCUACUUGUCCCACAACCUGCUUGAGGCAGCCGACACGGAGAGCUGGGAUUUCGUCGCUUCGCUGGCGAACUGCAGCAACCUGCUGCAGCUGAGCCUCAGUGACAACUCCUUCAGUGGGCAGCUCCCCAGAUCGGUGGGUGAAGUGCCCAAUGGGGGUGUUUUCGGCAACUUGACUGCCAUAUCAAUAACUGGAAACAGCAAGCUGUGCGGUGGAAUGCCUCAGCUUCGCUUGGCUCCAUGCUCCACGCAUCCUCAAGGGCCGAAGAGUCAAGCGCCACCUACAGCAGUUACUCAGGAACACUUCCAAAGAGUUACGUAUCAGGCCUUGUUGAGGGGAACAGAUGGAUUUUCAGAAUCUAACUUGCUUGGCAAAGGAAGAUAUGGCUCGGUUUACAAAUGCAGUUUACAAGGUGAGGAUACACCAACACCAGUGGCUGUAAAGGUAUUUAACCUUCAGCAAUCAGGGUCUUCUAAGAGUUUCCAGACUGAAUGUGAGGCGCUGAGAAGGCCACCAGUUGUUCAUUGUGAUGUCAAGCCAAGCAACAUCCUCCUAGCAGAAGAUAUGAGUGCCCGAGUUGGAGACUUCGGUAUCUCAAGGAUCCUGUUUCAAAGUGCAAACAUAGCUGGGCAAAAUUCAAACAGCACCAUUGGGAUAAGAGGCUCCAUUGGUUACUCCAGCCUUGGGAUAUUGCUACUUGAGAUGUUUACGGGUAGGAGCCCGACAGACGAUAUGUUUACAGGAUCAUUAGAUCUUCACAAGUUCUCGGAGGCUGCUCUCCCUAACAAAAUCUUGGAGAUAGCUGAUCCAGCAAUAUGGGUGCAGAAUGAUGCCAGCGAUAAGGUCACAAGAAGCAGAGUUCAGGAAUCUCUUAUCUCUGUCAUUAGGAUUGGCAUAUCCUGCUCGAAGCAGCAACCCAGAGAGCGAAUGCCGAUACGAGAUGCAGCCGUUGAGAUGCAUGCAAUCAGAGAUGCAAACCUGAGGUUCGCCAGUUCUCUUGUAGUGGAACAUGCACCAACUAUUAGUAGUUACUACGUCUAA